CAUUUUAUUCAAAAAGAUAAUCUGGACGAACGAAAGAAGUCUGAGACUUUUUUGAAGUGCUAGUAUAGUAAGCAGUAGCUGGCCUAGUACAGCAUUGAGUAUUUUAUAAUUCAUUGUAACUGACUAUUCACCAGAUCGCAGCCGGCAGGGCAGAUUUUCAACAUGAACGUCUUUGCUCGAACAAUCUGUCGAGAAAGUGGAGCUGGAAGGCAAUUGCGAUGUAUUUUCACUAAGUCUAAGUCUAAGUCUCAACCUGCUCUGUUGCGUAAAGGUAUAUCGGACGACCCUUCGGUUGAAGAUUUUGUCUUCAAAUCGUACUUAGAUAAACGGUACCGGAAACCUCAGCACAUGGUGUGCCCAGACUUUGUCAGUUACAAGCAAGUUGCAGCUAUCAAGGCACCUCCAGAUGAUCCUGAGAUUGUCGUUGCCAAACCGACUCGAGAUCGAUCUGGUAACACCAUUAGCACCAUUCAAACCAACUAUUACGCUGCGCGCCUCAAUGCUAUCUUUGGAUAUUGCAGCUGGGUCCUGUUGCCAAUGUCCUCUGUGCAUGCCUUUCAUGAUACAGUGGAGGGAACCAUUUUGAUGCAAGAUUUUGGACUCUUCGUAAAGGGUGCGUGCAUCUCGACUGGAGUUGGCGUGCAUUUCAUGAAAACCCCUAUUUCAUCUGUGGAAGCUUGCAGAGCAAGUGGCUUGAAAGCUUGCUGCAAACGCAUGGGCAUGUUUGCAACUAUAUGAUACCCCUACAUAUUCUGCACCGCAUAAGCAUAUUCAUUAUCAAAAAGUGCCAUACUGUGAGGUGAUGCUCUUACGUAACUUCUUGGUUGGGGACCAACGGAGCCAUUGUCGACUGUCUAGGGCAUGGCGGUGGCGAUACGAUAACGCUCUCUGAUCAUGUGCAGAUGUCAGCAGUCGGUAAACUCAACGUCCCUUCCCUUCCCUAGUUGUGUUAUACGCUUUUCGCUGAUCCAGCGUGCAGUCCAUACAUUCUCGUAUCUUUUCUCUUGUCAUUUAGGCUACUUUGUGUUGCUGGCUCAGUUGUAUUUGUCCAGCUUCGUUAUUAGAUGUCACGCUUGUCAAGUUAGUACUUCCUUACAUGAAUACAUGACAUAACCAGUUGUGGAAAGUGAAAUCUAACCCAUUGAGUAUAAUAUCAACCACAGGCCAUUGUGCUGCAAACAACACAGUUUCGUUCAUCAAGUCGGAUUUGAUUUUCUGUGUGUGGGUACAUGUUUUUGACGAACAUGGCUGAAUUCACCCGUUUGUGUAGACACAUUUUAGCUAUUAGAGAGGUUCUGCACAACUAAAAUUCGCCCUAAGUUUCGCGACGGACCUUGCGAAAAUGUGUGCAAAAUCUCGCGCGAUCUUUGUGUUCUGCAAAUUUUCGUAGUUUUGCACUUGCCCGAGUGCACGUACGCGGUGAACCCGUUGACCUGACUGAUCUCACGAAUCUUCUCACGAAAGUUCAUUUCGCAUUCCCUGCAAGUUUCGCAUCCAAAGUUGCGAAAGUUCGUGCGAAGUUUCUCACUUCAUGACGUAGAGCGAAAGUUUGUACGCAUUUUCGUUUUGCAGAACUUCUCUAUUAUCUACUUUGCCCGCUUUGUUGCCCCAUCAAUUUGCACGGUGGUUUCCGCUUAGUGUUAGGCAGGCGCUCAUAUCAUUCUGUGUUCGUCCCUUUUUCUCAGUUCUCAUAUUGCUGCUUCAUGAUUCAUAUUCCUAUGGUUUGUGUUAGCACUUAGUACUCUCAACUUAAGCCGUAGUAGCAUUCUGUGUUCGCCGUGUUUUCACCUUUUGUGACUGUGUUCAUUUAGUUCUGCUACCUGCAUACAUGACUGCAGCGUCUUUAUAGGGGUUGAAACAUAAAGGUAAUUUUUGACCUGCUUCA